AUGAAGACAGCGGCCACCUUGUUCUUGUUGGUGGUAGUGGCCACCACGGUUUUGGCGGCGGCAAGUGAGCACGGCGGUGCGGGUGCCGCGCUGCCUUCGUUCUUCGUGUACGAAUGCCCGCGACCGCUCAACUGGGAUGUCGUGCACGACAUCUCCUCCCGCUUCAUCCUUUCCGACUGCUCUGGCCCGGCCCGGCAGCAGACGACAGUGAAGGCGUGCUACGACAACGAGCACCUGCGUCUCUUCUUCAUCAACAAGGACGACAACGUUGAGUCGAACUACCGCAACUGCAACGACCCGCUCUUCAACCAAGACGUGGUCGAGGCCUUCAUUGGGCCGGCGCGCGUCGAUGGCAAGCCCAUCACCAACUACCUGGAGAUCGAGCUCAGCCCGAACUCGGUCCUCUUCGCCUCCAACAUCACCAACCCGGGCCUCACGUGCAGCACCAUCAGUGGUACCUACUUGCCCUGCUCGCUCUUUAACUACAAGGCCACGCGGUUCGACUCGCGCAAGAUCUGGUGGGGCCAGAUCGACCUGCCGUGGGCGGUCCUGCACAAGUUCCGAACGGCGGAGCAGCAGCAGCACGACGGCUUCCACAGCAUCGUGGGCGCACCCGUGGGCUCCACCUGGCGCACCAACUUCUUCAGGAUCGACCGCCCCGCCGCCACCCAGACCAGGGAGUUCAGCUGCUUCUCGUGCGACGAGAGCUCGCCUCCUUGCUUCCACAAGCCGGCCUACUUCGCCUAUCUCCACGUCCGUUAG